AUGGGACAGACACACCAGACCGAGCAGAAUGACCCGGAGAUCGAUGUCAAGGCACUCCAGGACAUGUACAAAAAGUUUGUGACGGAGUGCCCGAGCGGUGUUUUAUUUAUCCACGAGUUCAAGCGUUUUUUUGGCAUCGACCCAACUGGGGAAGUCUCUGAGUAUGCGGAAAGCAUGUUUCGAGCUUUUGACAAGAAUGGGGAUAACACCAUUGACUUUCUGGAGUUUGUGGCAGCCUUGAAUCUGGUCUUCCGGGGGGACUUGGAGCACAAAUUACGCUGGUCAUUUAAAGUGUACGACAAGGACGGCAACGGCUAUGUAGAUAGGACAGAACUGCGAGCUAUUAUUGAUAGUAUAUAUGGAUUAAAGAAGACAUCCAAGAGAGAGCAGGAGGAUAUGCAGCUGUCGGUGAAUGAAGUGUGUGAUACAAUACUGAAGACUGUGGAUGUGAACAGGGAUGGUAGGUACAUACUCAGUCUGAAUGAGUUCAUCAAGGGGGCCCAGGGAGACCCAUGGAUCAUGAACAUGCUCCAACUGGACAUGAACCCUUAUGGCUGGGUGCUGGAACAGAGAAGGAAGAGCGCACACUUUUAAAAUGACUUGGAAAGACAAAAGCAUCUUCAUUUAACACUUUUCUUGAUUUUUCCCCCUUUUUUUCUUAAACUAAAUUAGGUUCCAAAUCAAUUGCACAUAAUAGGAAACAAUACAUUGCAGAUUCAUUCGGAUUGUUUAAGCUAGUUUUAAUUAUAAGGACAGGAAUGGUUGUGUCGAUUACCUUUCAUAAAUUCCAUGAGAUCUACAUUCUGAGUGAACCUGCAGUGCAGUUUUUCUUCAUCUGUAGAUGACUUAAUUGGGUCGUUAAAACAAUGUCAGUUCCACUUGAACUACUUUGCAGAUAUGAAACAAACAGACAAUCGUAAUAUCAAUACAAAAUAUAAAACUCCCAGUUCAUGCUACAAAACCAACUUAAGAGGUUUUAAAAAUAGGGUAUAUUUCACUCAAAAUUCCAUGACAUACAGUAAGGCAUUGUUGGGAGAAUAGAUGGAUGCAGUUCAAUGCA